GUCACAGACCGCUGGCUCCGCAAACCAGCUAAGCGGCCUUUCCACGCCAUUGCCGCAAUCGUGCACGUUCGUGGCGAUAAGGCAGCAUAGUAGCUUCUUAUAGACCCGCGUCCUCACGCCUGUGAGCUACCGGGAAGACGACACGUCUGCGUAGCAGCACUCACAGUCUGACGCUCUCCGAGCCUUACCGGUGCGAAUUCAUCGCGAAGACCAGAAAAAAUGGCUCACAUGCCCCGCCUGGUCACCCUGCUCCUCCUCGUCACGGAACACGCCAGCGGCAUCCUCUUCAAGCCGUGCCUCAAGCCACGAUUACGGCCACGCUUCGGCCUGAAACGCUGCCGCCGCCGCCGCCGCCGUUUCAUCAGACCGCCGCCGAACCCGCUCCCGCUCUACCUUGGGGUCAUGGGCGCGCCCGUCUAUGGAAGGGACAUCCUGCCGUUCCUCGGCGGGCUCAUCGACUUCGAGGCCCUCGAGCCGCGAUCUUCUCCCAACGAGUACCUCGCGGCGCCAGUUGACGCGGCGCCGCUCUUCAACGACACGGCCAAGCGUAUUGUAGCGCCGACGUACCCCGUCUCCGCCGAAGAGCUUAGAACUUCCUUCGAGAAUGCCUUGGCGAAGCGCCAGCCCUUUAAUGGAGACUUCUGGGCUAAACCGGUGCAGGAAGAUUCCGAUGCGUUCGCUUCUAGAUUCGUCUACGUCGAGCGGACGCCCUUGUUCCGCUUCCCGGACGUCGUCAACGUCCAAUUUCUGGAAGUGGGCAACGGCACUUCCACGCUGAUCCUUCACUCGGCGUCGGUCUACGGCCUUGACGAUUUGGGCAAGAACCGGGAGCGCGUCGAGGACCUGCUGAAGCGCAUUUCUGAUUUACCGGCGAACAUGACGGCGACGGCGGUGUCCGUCUGAUGUGUGUAACUAACCUGACUACUACA